GAGGCGCUAUGGCCGAGACCGCGCCCGUCCCUGCGCCCGACGUCGCCGCUGCCGCAGCCCAGGCCCCGGCCAAGGCUGCGGCCGCCGCCAAGAAGCCGAAGAAGGCGGCGGGCAGCUCCAGAGCCCGCAAGGCGGCGGGUCCCAGUGUCACCGAGCUGAUCACCAAGGUCGUGUCCGCCUCCAAGGAGCGCAAGGGGCUCUCGCUCGCCGCGCUCAAGAAGGCGCUGGCCGCCGGCGGUUACGAUGUCGAGAAGAGCAACAGUCGUAUUAAGCUGGGGCUCAAGAGCCUGGUCAGCAAGGGCACCCUGGUGCAGACCAAGGGCACCGGCGCCUCCGGUUCCUUUCGUCUUAGCAAGAAGCCCGGCGAAGUGAAGGAAAAAGCCCCCAAGAAGCGGGCAGCAGCUGCCAAGCCCAAGAAGCCGGCAGCCAAGAAGCCCAAGAAAGUGGUGACAGCGAAGAAGAGCCCCAAGAAAGCCAAGAAACCGGCGGCCGCCGCGGCCAAGAAAGCGGCCAAGAGCCCCAAGAAGGUGACCAAGGCUGCCAAGCCCAAAAAAGCGGCGGCAGCGGCGAAGAGGCCGGCCAAACCGAAGGCGGUGAAGCCCAAGGCAGCUAAGCCCAAGGCGGCCAAGCCCAAAGCAGCCAAGGCGACGAAGGCGGCGCCCAAGAAGAAAUAAAUCGUUCUGAAAAAAUUUUGUCUGCUUUGCAGAUAAAGCCAACGGCUCUUUUAAGAGCCACCCAAGCUUUCCCAGUAAGAGUUGAAAUGCUUUAUUUAAGUUCAUGUUGUGUGGGUGUGCGUGUAAUCUUUAUUUCUGUUCUUCAGCAUUACUCCUGCUUAAUCAAGGUGGUUCCGGUAAGAACACAAACUUUCUCGCUCUUGUUCCCGCAGGUGCCGGGCGGCACCGCAGCAGCGUUCACCGCUGUACGGCUCCUUUCAACACAGCCGGGCGGGCGUGGGUGCAAACAGGUUCCCGGUAGCCGCAAGAAAUCGGUGCGAGCCCAAAGUCCCCGUGGAAGUCGGGCAGCGCUCACGGCGGGUGUGUGUGUGUGCUGCAGCUCCCCGUAGCUUCUCUCCGAUCAGCCGGGGGCGAAGAGCCGCGCUCGGAAGCGCUCCCGCCCGCUCCCCGGAGCUUUACCGGUUUCGAAAAGCCCGCGCUGCGCAGAGGUUGGCCGCGAUUCUCGGGCUUUUCUUGUGUACAGCAGUUUUCGGGUUAAACAGCCGCUCCACUUUUUUUUUUUUCACUCGGCGGAAGAGGUUUAUGAACUUCCUGGGUACGUGCUCGCUACCCCUUCCGUGGGCUUUUUCACUCCCAGUCCACUUCUGUCCCCUGCAAACUCGUCCCUUCCCUGGAAAUCGCAGGACAAGCGGGGUCCGAAAGGACACGGGUAUUUCGAGGAGCCUUGCGAGAAGUCCUUGGUGCUGCCCGCCGGUCCUUGGCCGGGUGCCGGGGGCUCAUUUUGGCAACGGAGACGCUGGCAGCGGCAAUAUCCCAACAGCCCGAAUUCCUGAGCUCACAUGCCUGGGCCCCUGUUUGGGAUGGAGAUGUACCUACCAGACCUUCAUAGUUACCAUAAGCAAAGGGUGUUGGGAGUCACACCCACAAAUUCUCGAAGGGUUUCACCCAACUAGGUGCCCUGACCGGAGGAGAGUGGGUCAACUGUGAUUUUCCAGCCCGCUACAACUAGUCAGGGGGGAGUAGAUUUUGACUGGGUAUGGUCAAACAGCAGGUACGCUGCUGUAGCAAAUGUGAUAUUCAUGCUUAAUUUAUCUUUUUACAGCUGACCCCAAAAAGGCAAAACCCAGUUACAGUAGCGUGGGCAAAACUGUAUCACACAUAUCCAUGCUAAUUUGAAUUGACCUCGGUGGGACGGCCCUGGAAUAAACAUUUCGGCCCCUGGAAUGAGUCAGAGUAAUGACGGCAGUUCACUCUUGGCCUGUUGCAACUUACCCUCCCUGCUCGCUUGGGGAAGGGAUCAGGGCAUUUCUUUCCCUUUUCUGAGAGGUAAGGGGGAAAACUCCAAUUACUGUAACUGUUCUUUAAGAAAAUUCAGUUGGAGCAGUUACCUACCUUGGCUACUGCAGUAGUUGAGAUUUAGAAAAUCAGUGCAUUACUGAACACAAGUGGUGAUGGAGAGCACUGGCCUAUGUACAAUAAUACCAGUCUAAAAUACCGUUACAAGCAAAGAGUACAUAGCUGUGGCUUCAGCUGAAUGGACUUUAUAGUCCUUAGCUGGAGAUAGCUGCCAAAUAAUGUACGAGAUUGUUCUACGCUACGAACAAGAAGUGUAUGUGUAUGCAGGAACACUGAACGGACUCUGUACAGGCUCCAGUGGAUAUAUUGUCCAGUACAGGGACAAAAUUAACAUCAAGCCAAAAAAUCCCACUAAACUUGUAAAGCUGAGCUGGGUAGCCUAGCAUAGAUAGCCACUGGAUAAUUUUUUUCCCAACUGGAAAAAGUGAGUACAGUGACAAAGAACAAGAGUGCUCUGAGAAAAAUCAGCUUUCAGGGACAAAUGUAAUGUCAUGUCUAUGCCAAUUGCACACUGGCGUAUCAGUCAGUACCCCUAAUUCAUUGUUUCUCAUCCUCCUUCCCCUUUAGUCUGUGCACUGCUAACCCUGUGGAUGCCAGCUCGUCUCAGCUGAGCAUGCACAACUCCACACUGAUUGUCCCUCAGAAAUAGCUUAUCUUGAAUUACUGAGUCACUGCCACAGUGUUUGAUCACUCAUCAUCUUCAACAGGCCACUUUCCAGCUUCCUAGGAGCCGUUUCCUAUUCUGGUCAUAAGAGAAGUUGAUAUCCUAAGAAAAAAAUCCUGGGAUACUACUCUGCUGUCAUGGUUCAAAUUUCUAGCUAACCUGCUGAGCUGAGGUUGAAGCAUGUGAUUUAUGAUUGCAGUGGAGAGGGAACAUAUCUUACUCUUGUAUGACAUCCUUUUUGGAUAUCUGGGCAUUAAUUUAUUUCCCAGGACAUCUCCAUGGCCAUGCAGCUUCUAUUUACUGAACUUUAUAUAUAGGCUAUUUCAUGUCCCUAGCUUGUUCCAUAUUUGCAAACUGCUCAGACUACUGCAUAUUCUAAGAUGAACAGCAGAUUUCUUAAAUUUCUACAAUGCCCUCACUGCAUGGACAUUUUCCUACCCUACAGACUCUAAGGAACAUGAAUACCACUGCCUGGAACACAGGUAAUAUGGUAAGCAGAGCUUUAAGAUCUCAGGCACAAAACACAUUUUGUCUUUUGUGAAUAAUUCUGACCUGGGAACUGGAUUGGAAUCAGGCUGAACAGUAAUUCUGUGUAAUGAUUUGGUGUGGAGAACUGAGCUGCUGGUGGUCAAAGAGGAGGUGGCUUAACAGGAGGCAAAAAAAAGGUGGUGUUCAGCGAGUGGCUAUGCUUUGACAGAAUACACAAGUAUCCACUUUAUGAUUUUAAAUGCUAAGAUGCUCAAAAAUUUGGAGGAAGGUAAAAAAAAAAAUGGGUUCAGAAUUGGAAAUUAUAACAAGGAAGACCUGCUUUCAUUUAUUUUCUCUUCCAUAGGGUCAACUUUUUAUUUCACAGAUUUACUUAUUGAAUAAAGUAAAUAAAUAUCAAAAGUCUGUGAUGUUCCAGCACUAGAAGUAGAAAUGGAGAAAGAAAAUAAUGGCAAAUGAAUCCAUGAGUGAGAUAAAGGUCUACAUAUAGCAGAACAGACUCUCAGCAGCUUGGCAAGAAUUCUGUUAAGUAAAGUUAUUCCCUUACAGAACAAUAAAUCACUGUGUACUAAUGAACACUUUUGUAUAAUGGGGUUACAGAAUUUUUCAUCAGCGUUAGUCACCACAAAGCCAGAUUGUCUGUCAGAUUACCACAAAACCAGGUAAUUUCUGUACAUGUAUUUCUUUACCUCUUUGUUCUCUGGUAGUGGGUUCUGUUACUCCUGUGCUUUUUGUGUGUGUCUGUCUUUUACUGUAAUUGUUGUCAUGUGAGAGUAAGAGUUUAUUCUGCAUAGUCUCAGUAUGUCUUUGAAAAACAAUAAAAAGGUCUCUCUUAAAGGCUCACGUCUUAAAAA